ACCCACGCAGCCUCCACCGUUACCGUAGAAGCUCCGUCGCCGUCGUAGGAAGCUCCCUCGCCGUCGUUUGGAAGCUCCCUCGCCGUCGUUUGGAAGCUCGUUGGCCGUCUCCUCUGUUCGAGCUCUCUCUCUCUCUCUGUGUCGCCGUUGUGUUUUUGCCACUGCCCUUCCUCCUCGCAGCCGGUGAACUGUUUAACCAGUGAUUUUACCGGUUUAUUGAUCGGUUCGGUUCUCGCAACCUUGGUAAUUACUCUUGGUUGUUAUCCAGUACCCAGACCCAAGUCCCAACCUUAGGUUGCUGCACUUCUGUGACUUCAUCUUCUCCCUUUUCCUUUGCCAACUUCGCUGCUCCGUUCAACUCCUGCACCGUCGCCGUCCUGCAUUGCUACUCCGCAUCUCUGCUCUUCUCUUUGCCGGCAUCUCUCACCUCUCCGGCCAUUUCUCCCCUGUCCCUGAACCAUAUUGAUAUGCUGUGUGUGUAAAUUGCUAGGCAACAAAGUAGCAAUGAGUUCUUGUUACUUCAGCCCUCUGCAUACUACUUGUCAUCUCACUUCUACAGGCUUAUCUACGAAGUUCAAGAUUCCGAAGCUUCACAUGCAGAAAAAGAGGUGUCAAGUCUCUUCAAGAUCUUCGAAAGUGACUGCAUUUUAUGGCUUGAGGACCCCUCCUUAUGAACAUGAUGCACUAGAGCCGUAUAUGAGUAAGAGGACAAUUGACAUGCAUUGGGGAGAACAUCAUCAUAAUUUUAUAGAAGGUUUGAACAAACAGCUGGAGAAGGAUGAUAUACUAUAUGGGUACACCUUGGAUGAACUAGUCAAAGUGACGUACAACAAUGGCAAUCCCUUACCUGAAUUCAACAAUGCUGCUGAGGUUUGGAAUCAUAACUUCUUCUGGGAGUGUAUGCGACCAGAUGGGGGUGAUAUGCCCGAGCUAGGUCUUCUUCAACAGAUUGAAAAAGAUUUCGGAUCAUUUACAAACUUUAGAGACAAGUUUGUAGAAGCUUCCCUCACACUAUUUGGUUCUGGCUGGGUUUGGCUAGUUUUGAAGCGAGAAGAAAGACGACUAGCCAUAGUGAAAACUGCAAAUGCCAUUUGUCCAAUUGUGUGGGAUCACAUACCAAUUAUCAACUUGGAUUUGUGGGAGCAUGCUUAUUAUCUGGAUUAUAAGAAUGACAGGGCAAGGUAUGUGAAUGUAUUUCUUGACCACCUUGUAUCUUGGGAUGCUGCAUCAAUGCACUUGACACGGGCAGAAGCUUUUGUGAAUUUAGGGGAGCCUAAAAUCCCUGUUGCAUGAACUGCUGAAAUGGUAUAUGUGAUCCUCACUGCAAGGGAUUCCCCGUGUGUUUUUUCCCAGUUGUCGAUUUUUGCAAUUUUAAGUCU